GUAUUAAGAAUGAUCUUGGGCGGGGGAAACAAAGGUCGGUUAUAAUUCCUCCCGAAAGGAUAAUUUGUUGUCAUUGUGAAGUAAGACGGUGCGAUGUACAGCUGAUCGUUCAGCAGCGGCUGGGAAUAAUGCAACAUUAUGUAUCCUUUCCGCAGGGUUCCAAUCCUGGGCCCAUGUUCCAAAUGACGUCAGCGCCCAUCAGCCCGCCAUCUUUAUUGCAGGCAGAUAGGGCGCUGAGUGCCCAGGGUUGCCUUUGGCUUCACCUGCAAGAUGCCAGUCUCAUGCAGCGCGCUUGAUUGCAAGAACCGCUUCAAGAAAGGAAGUGGCAUAACUUUCCACAGGACAGAACUUCAGAGAUAUGCACCUUGGGAAUAGUGUCACUUUGAUUUCCUAUUUCAAGACCUGACCUCAUGGCAAAAUGGUUAAAAGCCGUAGCACGAGGAAACUGGGUGCCAUCACCGAGAGCAACACUCUGCAGUGAUCACUUCAUUAAGGAAUGCUUUGAAGAACGGAAUGAUAGAAGGCAUUUAAAGUUUUUCUCUGUACCAACCAUAUUUCCACCACCUAAAAAUAAGUCUACAGGCCCCAGAAAGUCCAAUAAAGCGAAAACCUAUGUUGGACACUACAAGGAAUCUUCAGAGGUGGAGAUGUCAGUCUUGCAAGCUCAUGAAACAUUACGUCAACCAGGCGAGCCAACUAAAGUAAAAGAUGAACAGUCUGCAUUAACCACUGACACUCUAAACUCGGGGCGAUUAGCUCAACUGGCUGCAGCAGCUGUCUUGAAUUUGGCAGAAUUCACUCAAGUAUUAGAAGUGCCCUUAAAACCUGAAGCAGAGUCUUCAGAAGUUCUCACAGUCUUUAACUGCAGAGUGCAAACUGAAACACCUGCAACAGAGGACAAGAUGGAAUCUGUUCCAGAUGGAUUAAUCAUAGGUCGUUUAGAGGAAGAAUCUCAAGAUUCAGCUGCAGUUCUGUGUUCGGAUACCCUCCAAUGGACAGCCAAUGUAUUAUCAAGGCCUGAAGUACAAUCAAAUACAUGUACCACACUUGUGGGUUCGAUGGAUGUAUCUGCGGAUGUUUUGCCAUGUUUAUUUACAUCACCUGCAGAGCCAGUAUCUGACAGAUCAACAAUAUCAGAGGGAACAACUUGGAUAUCUACAGAAGUACUUAUCCCUGAAACACAGACUCAUCUGUCCACCCUUGUUCAGCCAUCAGAAGAAUUGCAGUGUUCCUCUGAGACUGUGCUUUCUUCUCGGUAUGAUCAAGAUUUGACGGGAAUGACGUUUCCUCAGGAUCACAGUUAUUUCAUGAAUCCUUGUCCAGAUAUCAUCAGGAGAACUUUAGAAAAGAAGCUUGCUUGGGAAAGGAAGAAGAACGAAGAACAGCGGCAAAGGUUCAGAGUACUUCAACAAAAACUGAAGAGAAAAGAGCAGAAAAUUGACAGCCUUACCAAAAUUAUCAACGAGCUGAGGGACAAUAAGUCUGGUGAUCUGUGGAACAGUAAUAUAUUUUAAUAAACGAGGAAAAGCUUUGUGAAUCUGCUGACUAGUUGCAGAAAAAUGUAUGUUUUUAUUGGAGGACAAACGAGUGAAAUUUUCUAGCUUAAUUUCUUUAAUGAGUGAGUUUGAUGUAUUUCAGCAAGAUCAAAUCAAAAUAGAUUCUGAAGUUGGGGUUAGUGCAUUUAUGUUUCAGCAGGUUGUUUUGAAAUAAAAUGGAAGCCUCUUACAAAUAGUGUCUCAAGACGUUUCAUAAAAUACUAAUUCAAUGAAUUGUACAACCUGGUUUUCAGAAAUGCUUCUCAACUGGCUGGACAGGUGAGGGGGUGAGAGUCGUACUGUCUACUUCAUUUUGGAAUGGAUUGGAUCCAUAGGGCACUUUUCAAACUUGCAUUGAGUGUAUUUGUAUGUUAAGAGUGUGGUCAUUCAUAUUAGUGUUGGAAACGUCUAAAUUAUAAUGGAUUACACGUUGUCAUAACUCCACUGAUUAUGAGAAAGGAAUAGUUUGGCCAGAACAGUUCUGUGGCAACUGGUCUCGGAUUGUAUCUCAUUUUUUUCAUUAAAAAUUAUUAUUAGUGUUUCAACCCUAAUACCAAAA